CGUACCCCAGCAGCCAAGUUUUUGGAAUUCUGGGAUAUCCCUUCCCACGGAUUCGGAUAUACCGGCCUUCUUAAACGGAGGCACAUAUCGGACGGUCAAUGUACGCUUUCUUGCGUUUUUCUCCUAUUUUUCUCUCUUUUCUUCCCUCGAUAGCGCGCUUGUAAUGCAGGCGCUGGAGCAUCGAUUUCACGGAUUGGAGCUCCGGUUUGCGAGAUUUCUUGUGUAAGUUUCAGGUUUCACGGAUUCUGGACUCUGUGGGGCUGGAUUUUUGGUGAUAUCGACGAGCGAGCUCUCGGCUCAUCGAUUGAUCCAAGAAAUUUCGCGAAAUCUCUGGGUCUGGGGUGAUAUUUCGGCCGCGGCUCUGCUCCAGGGAUCCAUGGAUCGCUUCCGGAGCGCUCCACCGGGGAUCCGUGUGGCGAGAGCGAUCGCGGGCAGGAAUUUCCGGGUGGGCAAGGGCCUCAUUCUCGUCAUCACCUUCAUCGCCUACGCCUGCUACCACGCCUCCCGCAAGCCGCCGAGCAUCGUCAAGAGCGUUCUUGAUCCAGAGACAGGCUCCAGCAAUCCCAAUAUCAACGCCAUCGAUUCCAUCGCCGCCAUCGCGGUCGCCGGCAACGCGAGCGCUGUCCAAGAAAUCGCCAUCGCCAGGCCUCUCAGCUGGCUCUUCGUCCCCCGCGAUGCCUCGAAUGCGGCGCGGCUCCAAUCCAGAGCCGCCGGCUGGGCUCCAUUCAACGAAGAGGGCGGAAAAUCCCGGCUGGGCCAGAUCGACGUCGCGUUCCUGGCGUGCUACGCGCUGGGGAUGUUCUUCGCGGGGCAUCUCGGCGACAGGCUCGACUUGCGGAUCUUCCUCACGAUGGGGAUGGUGGGCAGCGGCACCUUCGUUUGCCUCUUUGGCCUGGGCUACUGGUGGAACAUCCACAGCCUCUACUACUUCCUCUUCGUCCAGAUGAUCGCGGGGCUCUUUCAAGCAACAGGAUGGCCGUCGGUGGUGGCCAUCGUUGGGAACUGGUGUGGGAAAUCCAAGCGGGGAUUGAUCAUGGGCGUGUGGAACGCUCACACCUCGGUUGGAAACAUCGUUGGAUCACUGGUUGGAGCGGCGGUUCUUCCAUUCGGCUGGGGGUGGUCGUUUCUACUCCCGGGGUUGCUUAUCAUGGUCGGUGGCGUGAUGGUCUACUUGUUCCUGGUGGUGGAUCCGCGAGACGUGGAUUUGCCAUCUCCAUACGAUGGUGGCGGUGGCGAGAGUUCGUCCGUGCAAGGAUCAAGCGACGAGGAGGAGGAAGAUGAGGCUGGAUCAUCGUCGAGCUCCAGCCUCGUUUCGGAUCGAGAUGAUCAGGAUCCAGAGGCCCAGGUGAGGAAAAACUCCAGCCCCGGACGCGAUCAACCCGUCGGGUUCUUGGAGGCGUGGGUGAUACCCGGAGUUGCUCCAUUCGCGUUUUGUCUCUUCUUCUCGAAGCUGGUUGCUUACACUUUUCUCUACUGGCUACCGUUCUAUGUACGACACACAAGAAUUGCUGGAGUCGUCCUCUCCGACACGACAGCCGCGAAUCUCUCGAUACUGUUCGACAUAGGCGGCGUUUUCGGCGGUGUUCUCGCCGGCCACCUUUCGGACAAGCUCAACGCGCGGGCCAUCACCGCGGCAACUUUCACGUACUGCGCGAUCCCGGCGCUCUUCUUCUACCACGAGUUUGGAGCAAUCUCCAUGCCUCUCAACGCGGGGCUGAUGCUGGCGCUGGGAAUGCUGGUGAACGGCCCCUACGCGCUCAUCACCACGGCGGUGUCCGCGGACCUGGGGACGCACAGCAGCUUGAGUGGCGAUGCUCGGGCGCUGUCCACUGUGACCGCCAUCAUCGACGGGUGUGGAUCGGCUGGAGCGGCCGUGGGUCCGCUGCUCACGGGCUACAUCUCGGAGCAAGGCUGGGACAACGUCUUCCUCAUGCUCAUGGCCUCGGCGUUCAUGGCGGGGCUGCUGCUCUCGAGACUGGUGGUGAACGAGGCCGCCGAGAAGAUCCGGGGGCUCCGCGAGGCUGGAAAAGAUUCGUCAUCUCGCGCAUCCUCCUCGGGAGAUCUCUCACAGCCAUUCAUAAAUGGGAAAGGCUGAGUGGCCCUGAAAUGAUGCCCCACUCCACUACCGCGGCUCUGGAUACGAUUUUUUUUUGUCUCCUAGGAUCGAUCGUUCGAAUCUCUGGGAUGGGAUCAUACAUAUUUGCGGGAGGUAUGAUCCAGUGUAAAUAUUCUUGGCGCGCGAUUGAGAUGUGUUUGUCCCUUGGAAUCUUCUUGGAAGUUAUUGUCAGUAGACAAUAAGUUUUGGAAAAGAGAAAGGUAGAUAUAUAUCAAAAUCCUUUUAGGGAAAUUUGCUUAAAGGUAGAACUUGGUUGCACCGUGACACAUAAACUCUGAUGAAUCAGUAGACAAUAAGUUUUCGAAAAGAGAAAGGUAGAUACAUAUCAUUGUCACUCAAUAAAGAGAAUCACAAUGUUUGCUUAAA